AUGGGUAAUGGGAUUGAGAGUUACCUCUCCGGCUGGGUUCACAGAGCAUAUUUUGUGCUUCUGCCUACAUCUCUGCAGCCCCAGCCCAUCUGUCUGUCCCAGAUCUGGUACAGAGGUCUUCAUGCUGUGGGCGCUGGGACCUGCUUGGCAACUGACUCCCUGGGAGCGUUUGGUUUUAAGCGAGCAGCAACUGUCCCUGGAGGGACAGCCACUGAUUCACAGAGGACACAGGAGCCACGGAUCAGCUGGGUGUUCCUGGUGAAGAAGGGUUACCAAGACACUGACACCUCCCUGCAGAGCAGCAUUGUCACCAAAGUCAAGGGUGUGACCUUCACCAACACAUCGGAGCUUGGGGAGCGGCUCUGGGAUGUUGCUGACUAUGUCAUCCCACCCCAGGGAGAGAACGUCUUCUUCGUAGUCACCAACUUGAUCGUGACCGCCAACCAGCGGCAGGAAACCUGUGCUGAGAGCGAAAGCAUUCCGGAUGCCUGGUGCUACGCAGACAGUGACUGUCCCCCUGGGGAGCCUGUUGUGGCUGGAAAUGGAGUGAAGACUGGCCGUUGCGUGCGGGUGGGCAGCAUGCAGAGGGGCACCUGUGAGGUGUUCGCCUGGUGCCCCGUGGAGACAAAGCCCAGACCAGUGAAGCCACUGCUGGGCAAGGCUGAAGACUUCACCGUUUACAUAAAGAACUUCAUUCGUUUCCCCAAAUUCAACUUCUCCAAGACCAAUGUGCUGGACACCAAUGACAGAGCUUUCCUGAAGUCCUGUCAGUUUGGCCCCAAGAACCCCUACUGCCCCAUCUUCCGACUGGGGUCUGUGGUCAGCUGGACCGGGAGCAACUUCCAGGAGAUAGCUGUGCAGGGUGGUGUGAUAGGAAUUCAGAUUGAAUGGGAUUGUGAUCUUGAUAAAGCUCCUUCUGAAUGCAACCCUCACUAUUCUUUUAGCCGUCUGGACAACACAUUUUCAGAAAACUCAAUCUCCUCUGGGUACAACUUCAGGUUUGCCAAGUAUUACCGAGACGCUGCUGGGGUGGAGUUCCGCACCCUGAUGAAAGCCUAUGGGAUCCGCUUUGAUGUGAUGGUGAACGGCAAGGCAGGGAAGUUCAGCCUCAUCCCCACAGUCGUCAACAUUGGCUCUGGGGUGGCGCUCAUGGGUGCUGGGGCUUUCUUCUGUGACCUGGUACUUAUCUACUUCAUCAAGAAGAGCCACUUUUACCGAGACAAGAAGUAUGAGGAAGUGAGGUCUGGCCACCUGGGGAACGGAGAGGUGAAUGUGGAUCAGCUACAGAACCUGCAGACGGUGGACGCAUAGCCAGAGGUGUCGGCUGAGAGCAGAUCUGGUGAAGAUGGUGGGGCUGAACCACCCGCAGCCCUGAACUGAGCAGUGUCGUGUGUUUGCCUGGGAUCCUGCUGCGGGCUUUGUGCUGGGUGUGCUGUGUGCGUGGCUGUGGCGGGGCCAGGGGGCCCUCCUAGUGGCCGGCGUGGCUCCGAGCUGCAAGAGGAGGCCUUGGGGAGCCAAGUGGGGGAAGGCCGCGGGCCUGGGUGGUACUAGAGUGUUUUCAUUUUUCUGAGAACCUGGUUCGUUCAUUCAUUCAUUCGUUCAUUCACACGAUACACGUUAUUUGCUGUGGGCUGUGCCCCAUCCAAGAGAUGCUUAAAUGAGACGCUGACCUGGCCCUCGGGGAGAUGUAAUUCCCUCCAGAGCUGGCAGAAAUCACAGCCAGCCUCAGCCGGCCUGGCCUUCCUCCACCUCUAGCUCAGACUUCCACAAUCCCUGUUGAGACCCCUGGGUCUUCAGAGAAAGACUUUGGCCAACAUCCACAGGGACAUCUGGCCUUGCCCUCAGGAAUAAAAAAGGUGGCCCAGGAGGCCACGAGGAAAGGACUGGACGUGUGAGGGGGCAGCUGGCCCUUGCGGGGAGAUGCAGCCUCGAGGGCUCCCAGCUAAGGUGGGGAAGGGGAGGCAGGGAGACCUCUGCUCCAGUCUGCCAGCCCAGUCUCAGGAGGCCUCGGGCAUAGCGUCUCACCCAAACGGGAGAUCGUGUGCCUCUGUCUGUCUCUCCCAGUCCUGUGCAGCUGGGUGACCCUGCCUGGCCCCCCUCCCUUUCUCCUCAAAGGCUGGGUCUGAAGGGCUGGUGACUACACUAGGUGGCGCUCACGUGGCAGGUGGAAGCAGUCGUUACUAGGGAGGCCCUCGCCCCUCAUCCCUCACCCCAGCCUCUCCUUCUUCGCCCCACUCUAUCCCGCCCCAACCCUGCAGAACGGUGCUGCUUCCCCCCUACUGGCUGUAGAGACUCUCUUCAAGUGUGGCCCAGCGGCCUCCCCGGGAGCGUGUUGGAAAUGGCAGUCGAGGGCCCCUCCCUUGUCCUACAUCAGAACCUGUGUUUCAAGAAGAUUCCUAGGUGAUCCGUGUGAACAUUGCUGCUUGAGAGCACGGGUUAAGGAGAUCUGCCAAGCCUGGUUCCCAGGGAGGAGAAGGCCUGCUAUGACAGGUGAUGCCAAUGUCUAGGUCAGACUUACACAUAGUGUACUUUGAGAGCAAGAGGAUUCCCCACCCCCACCCCCAGGAAAGUGGCAAGCUCGGUGUAUUUAAAUUAAAAUAUUUUGACUAGAUAAUACUUCUAUGAUUCAAAAACUAAAAGGCACAAAAGAUGACAGUGAAGAGCUCCCCUCCCACCCCUGUUCCCCAAGGCAGCCUGUGUUACCCAUUUCGAGAGGCUCUCCUGUUUCGCUGAGCAUCUACUUGGUUACUUGUGCCCUCACUCAGGAAAUGAACUCUUCCUGAUGCCUGCAACAUCAGGCCAAGUGUCCUCUGUCAGAAAGGGACACGAUGGAGGACACUUAAGUACUGGGCUGGGGAGUCGGCUAGCUCACUUCUCCCUCUCCCAGCGUCUGAGGAGUCCCUGUGUAAAGCCAAGAGGAGAGACCUAGAACUCAUCACGCACUGCUGUCUGAUUGCUCAGUAGCAAAGGCCCGGGUGCUGCCUCUGGCCCAGCAAGCCCGGUGCUUUGUCCGCACACCUACCCGGACGCUAGGGAGCAUCCUCUUUGGAAGUGCGCUCUCUGGGCCUCCGCCAAGUCAGAAGGGUUUGGUUCUCUGCACACACAGGAGGCGGGAAGCAUCCUUCCACUGGAGCCUUUAGAGAGGGUCAGAGGGACUUGCAAGAAGGCUGUGCCCCUGGGGCCAAGAAGCAUGGUCCCCCAAACAGGAAGCUUGCUCCUUGUCGAGUAACCUGUCAACAAGCCCACUUGCUCUCUGAAUGGAAAGUGAAAAAUCCGGGUGAUCCACUAUGGUGUUCACUUCCUCACUAAGGCAAACCCUAGGGUUUGAUAAUCUAGCGUGGUACUUUCAUGUUCGGGAGGAAGUAAAAAGGGCAGGCGCCUUGGCUGCUUAGGAGUCAGUCUGGUUUGUGUGAACCCGUUUUUGGAAUUGCUUGGCAGCGGCCACGUAAAUUGGGGAAAGUUAUACUAUUGGUCUUACCCUGGGAUCAGAAUGGCUCCCUACAGUACUCAAUCGGUAAAUAUUUAUCGGGUACGUAUUGUCCGGUGCUGGACUAGAUAUGGGGACACAGUUGUGAGAAACACAGAAACUGUCCCUGUCCAAGUGCGUGCAGUCUCUGGAGGAGGUGAACCUUAGUGGUCACGCCUGUGACCACAAACUGCAUUUUCAGUAAGGGGUAGCCAGAGGUUUCCCCAAGGAAGUGACAUGUAAGCUCAAACCUGAAAGCGGUCUAACUAGGCCAUGGGGAAGCAUUCCAGGUAAGGGAAGCACACGUGUAAAAUGAACACCUUGACAUGAGAAGGAGUAACUGAGGAACUGGAUGGAGACAGUGUGACUGAAUCUGAUUUUAUGAGGCUUUCCUUCCAUCCACUGACUUUAAUUUUAAGGGUUGCCAUUCAGCUUCAGUGUCACAGAGGACUCAGCUUCCAGUCCAGCCAAGCUUUCCAGGUGGCUUCCCCUACACAUCCUGGGUCCCGGGCUCAGAAAAGCCAGUGACCCCAGUCCAGCUUCUGGAUAGUGUUGCACACUGCCAGUUUCCUUGCUGUUGCACAGCCCCCCUCUUUUUUGUGUGUGUGUGCAUAAUCUUGGUGCAUGAGUGGGAGGCUCCUGAAUCUUACAGAAACUGGCUUUGAAAUGGGAAGUGAAGUGGGAACCCGAGCCCCACUUGGGAAGGCUCCUUCCCUUCAGGGCACCAGUUGCCUCCUCAGGAAGAUGAGCAUAUCAGCCUCUCCAGAGCUCCUUUCCAUGCUGACAUUACAGGAUCACCUGAACCAUCUAUGCCUACCCUCAGGCCCUGCCUAAAGCCAUCCACGUGGUAUUUUCCUCAUGAUUAAGUCCAUGCCUUGGGAGUGCCAUGAUGCUGGCCAAUGGGAUCUGUAAACUGGGUGCUACUAUCCAGGGGACCAGCCAUGAGAGAGCGAAGUGUCCUCACCAGGGCUGACCAGUCAUGGCUGCCUUCUUGCCCCCACCACCUCAUCAGUUCUUCUCAGUGCUGUAAAGGGGGAACAGGACUUCCUUCAGGUAUCUGAGCACCCCAGCUAAGGACUACAGUGCUCUGCAGAGUCCCUAAAUCACCCCACUUGGAAUGGCAUCUUGCAUGUCUGAAAAAGGGCUCCACUUGAUUACAAUCCACCCGCCUAAGUGAUGCAACUUUCCUCAGAGCAUACUCUCCAGUGGACCCUAGAGUACUGUCUCUUCAAAAGGCACACCUUUCUCCUGGCUGUUUGUUUUCCCUUAGGCCAGUGCACAGAAUUAAAGGAGGAAAGAUGGCAGCCCUUGUCUGGGACCUGCCCUAUAAACGUAAUCUGAUAUUUUUAUUUGGUUAUAAAACAAUAAAAGGUUUUAACUUUAAA